AUGGAUGCUACAAUCUACCAGAUCAUAUUUGGAGAGCUCGGGGACCUAAAUUGUAGUUUGAUGGACGCGCUCCAGGACACUUUUUUGGAAAACGCCUCAUUGUCAUUGCUCAGCUCUGAUGGUUUUUAUUGCAAUGCCACAACCGAUGAGAUUGGAACAUGCUGGCCGCGGAGCAGCACCGGCAGGAUUGUAGAGAUACCCUGCCCUGAGUACAUCAACGGGGUGAAGUACAACACAACCAGGAGUGCUUACAGAGAAUGCAUGGAUAAUGGGACCUGGGCACUGAAGAGCAAUUACUCCAAUUGUGAACCUAUUUUGGAGGAGAAGAGAAAAUAUCCAAUGCAUUAUAAAAUUGCGCUGAUCAUCAACUACCUAGGUCAUUGUAUCUCUGUGGGAGCUCUAGUCGUGGCCUUCAUUCUCUUCUUGUGCUUAAGGAGCAUACGAUGUCUUCGAAACAUCAUCCACUGGAACUUGAUCACCACGUUCAUACUGAGGAACGUUAUGUGGUUUUUGCUUCAGCUGAUCGACCACAAUAUCCACGAGAGCAAUGAGCCUUGGUGUCGAUUAAUUACAACAAUAUACAACUACUUUGUGGUGACAAACUUCUUCUGGAUGUUUGUUGAAGGAUGUUACCUUCACACAGCCAUCGUGAUGACUUAUUCAACUGAUAAACUCAGGAAGUGGGUCUUCCUUUUCAUCGGUUGGUGUAUUCCAUGCCCUAUAAUAAUUGCUUGGGCAAUAGGAAAGUUAUAUUAUGAAAAUGAACAAUGUUGGUUUGGUAAAGAGCCUGGAAAAUAUAUGGACUACAUUUACCAGGGACCGGUUAUUCUUGUGCUUAUGAUAAACUUUGUUUUUCUCUUCAACAUAGUACGAAUUCUUAUGACCAAACUAAGAGCUUCAACCACGUCUGAAACAAUACAGUACAGGAAAGCAGUGAAAGCAACACUGGUCUUGUUACCUCUGCUGGGCAUCACCUACAUGCUUUUCUUUGUGAAUCCGGGGGAGGACGACAUCUCACAAAUCGUUUUCAUCUAUUUCAACUCCUUUUUACAGUCUUUUCAGGGGUUCUUUGUGUCAGUGUUUUACUGCUUCCUAAAUGGAGAGGUACGUUCUGCAGUGAGGAAAAGAUGGCACCGCUGGCAGGACAACCACGCCCUUCGAGUGAGGGUGGCACGAGCCAUGUCCAUCCCCACGUCUCCAACCAGGAUCAGCUUCCACAGCAUCAAACAGACCACAGCUGUGUGA